UUAAUAAGAGCUGGGUGGCAUAACAAUAGAUUUCAUUUCCCUAAAUACUCUCUGGCUCUGCAAUUGAGUUUGGUGAGUGAGUGAGUGAAUAUUCAAAAUUCCCUCCUCCAACACCCGUCCUUCUAGGGUUUUCCUCCUAGCCAUGAAGCGUGACUAUUACGAGAUCUCCGACGAUGAAUGGCCGGAAGACAAUUCGUUCAAUCCUUCUCGCGUCCUCAAAACCAACAAGCCUUCUCCUCCUCCUCCGAUAGAGUCCUUCGCAUACACCAAAAGCAGCAACAACAAUCACAAUACCAUCCAAGUGUUAGAUAGCUCCUCCGAAGAAAUAAUCGGAGUGACGGAGGAGAAUUUGGAGGACGAUGAUGCUGAAAUUGAGUCCACCAGCCGUGCUGGACGCCGGAGAUUUGUAGUCGAUGAUGAAGAUGAAGGAAAUGAAGAAGACGAGGACGAGGAGAUUCAAGAGCUCUUCGAGAGUGAAGAAGAGGAUGAUGAUGAUGUUGUAGGCAAGGCCUUGCAAAAGUGUGCCAAAAUAUCAUUGGACCUUAAGAGAGAGCUUUUUGGUACUGCAGCUGCAAAGUGUGAUUCCUUCGCUCAAGUCGAGGAGGCUUCGUCAUUGAGAAUCAUCACUCAGGAUGAUAUAGAGAUGGCAUGUGGAGAAGAAGGAGAUCCGGAUUUUAAGCCAAUACUAAAACCUUACCAGCUCGUUGGAGUCAAUUUCCUCCUUUUGUUGUAUAGAAAGAAAAUCGGGGGAGCUAUACUGGCUGAUGAAAUGGGUCUUGGUAAGACCAUUCAGGCAAUCACAUACUUAACAUUGCUGAAGCAUUUGGAAGAUGAUCCUGGUCCUCAUUUGAUUGUGUGUCCUGCCUCUGUUUUGGAGAACUGGGAAAGAGAGCUAAAAAAGUGGUGUCCGGCAUUUACUGUGAUCCAGUAUCAUGGUGCUGGACGAUCAGCUUACUCCAAAGACUUGAGUUCUCUUGCUAGAACUGGAGUGCCACCUCCAUUUAACGUUAUCCUAGUGUGCUACUCGCUCUUUGAACGACACAGUGCACAGCAGAAAGAUGACCGCAAAAUUCUGAAGCACUGGCGUUGGAGCUGUGUGAUAAUGGAUGAGGCUCAUGCUUUGAAGGAUAAAAGUAGCUAUAGGUGGAAAAACUUAAUGUCUGUUGCACGUAAUGCCCACCAACGAUUAAUGCUCACCGGCACGCCACUACAGAAUGAUUUGCAUGAACUUUGGUCAAUUUUGGAGUUUAUGAUGCCUGAUCUAUUUGAAACAGGAGAUGUUGACUUGAAAAAACUAUUGAAUGCAGAAGAUAAAGAGUUAAUUGCUAGAAUAAAGUCCAUUCUUGGACCUUUCAUUUUGAGAAGAUUAAAAUCAGAUGUGAUGAAACAACUUGUACCAAAAAUACAGACGGUUCGUUAUGUAGGCAUGGAGAAACUACAAGAAGAUGCAUAUAAAGAAGCGAUUGAGAGCUACCGCGCUGCAUCUCUAGCUCGUGUUUCAAAGCAACCUGUUAUUAGUUCAAAUAAUGCUGCUGGUGUCUUUUCUAGACGACAAAUUUCCAAUUAUUUUCUUGAAUUCCGCAAGAUUGCAAACCAUCCUCUGCUUGUGAGGCGUAUCUAUACAGAUGAUGAUGUUGUUCGAAUUGCUAGAGUUAUGCAUCCCAAAGGUGUCUUUGGUUUUGAAUGUACAGUGGACAGAGUAAUUGAGGAGCUGAAGGGCUAUAAUGACUUCUCCAUCCACAAGCUUUUACUUUAUUAUGGCGAUAACAAUAAGGGAGUGCUAUCAGAUGAACAUGUUAUGAUUUCAGCGAAAUGCCAGGAAUUAGCCAAACUUCUCCCUUCAUUAAAGCUUUCUGGUCAUCGAGUGCUUAUUUUUAGCCAGUGGACCUCAAUGCUUGAUAUCCUGGAGUGGACCCUAGAUGUUAUUGGUGUUACAUACAGGCGCCUGGAUGGAAGUACUCAGGUGACGGAGAGACAGACAAUUGUUGACACCUUCAAUAAGGACACUUCCAUAUUCGCAUGCUUGCUCUCCACAAGGGCUGGAGGACAGGGUUUAAACUUGACAGGAGCUGAUACUGUUAUCAUACAUGACAUGGAUUUUAAUCCACAGAUAGAUAGGCAAGCUGAAGAUCGCUGCCACCGGAUAGGCCAAAACAAACCAGUUACAGUAUACAGGCUGGUGACAAGGAACACUGUUGAUGAGAAUGUAUAUGAGAUUGCGAAGCGAAAACUUACACUGGAUGCAGCUAUACUUGAGUCUGGUGCCCAAAUUGAGAAUGAAGGUGAUGCAAAAACUAUGGGAGAGAUAUUAUCGUCUCUUCUGCUUGGUUAAUGGUUGGGCUACGUUUCUGGCACGACAUUCAAACCAAUAUCAUUUUUGAUCUAUUGGCAUUCAUUUUCUUCUGUUUUCCUGUUUUCGAUUUUGCCCUCCAGAAUUUCUGAGGGGGAGAAGUGGAGGUGAGGGAUUGAUGUAGGAUCCCUCCGUUUCUCCCCUGUUAAUCAUAUAAUGCCAUGUUCGCAGAUUAUUUUAGGGCCUUCCUUUGGAAACAGAAAAUUGAGCCAAUGCCGUGCCCCUGUUGUAUUCUCCUAGAAUCGAUCGACCCCAGUUUAUAAAAAAAUUAAACUCUGUACAGUAAAAUCUUGUCAUAGGUAAGUCUUUAUUUUUAUUGUAGUUCUGGUCAUGCACUUUUCCGGGCACUUUUAUCCAUUUUUGGCUCAAAGUAGUACUCCUAUUUUGGUUGAAGUUCCGUAAUGAACACUUUUUCUAGUAUAAAAAACCUUUGCUCAUCUAUGGCGGACGAGCAUACUUAGCAGUAUUUUGAAUUGCUGGA